AUGGGGUCGCAGGUGGAUCUUCCAGAGGACAUUCUUCACCAAAUACACUCUCUCCUGCCAAUUCGAGAUGCUGCUCGGACUGCCUGCGUAUCUCAUAGUUUUCUGCGUUCCUGGAGAAGUUUUCCACAUCUGAUCAUGUCUAUUGCUUCGUUAGGAAUUAAGGAAAGUGCCUCUAGUGAUGAUUUGCCAAAUAGAGUUGACCACAUUAUGCAGAAUCACUCUGGCAUGGGAGUGAAGACACUUAUAAUUAAUACCUAUCCUUGUUCAAAUCUCGAUCCUAGUUAUGUUGACCGUUGGCUUCAAGUUGCCAUUACGCCGGGGAUUAAAGAAUUUGCGCUAUCAUUCAAGCGUGUUUGCUUGAAGAUACCUUGUCUGCUGGAGAAGCUUGAUAUCCUGAUUGUGAUUGGUUGCAAGACACUGGAGGUGAUUGACAGCAAUGCCCCUAAUCUCUCCACUUUUUUCUUUGCUGGGCGUCCAAUGCAUAUAUCACUUGGUGAUGCAUCGCAACUGACGAAUGCAAGUAUUAUCCGUAACCAUUGGCCUGACGCGCUGUACUAUGCUAGCACCAAACUUCCAUUCAUUGCACCAAAUCUCCAAACUCUUGUGCUAUCGACGAGUGAUGAGACAGUGAAAACACCAAUUGCAUCUGGCAAAUUCCUCAAGCUCAAGUCCCUGGAGAUAAUUGUUUCCUCACCAAAUUUUUCCCCAGACUAUGAUUUCUGUUCUCUUGUUUCUUUUGUUGAUGCUUCUCCUGCCUUGGAGUCUCUCAUUGUACGGAUUGUGGCUCCAACCAUAAGGCGGGAUUCAAUUAUUGAAGAUUCGAGUGGUUACUCACAUCCAGGAUGCCUUCAAGAACGGUGCCAUUACAACCUCAAGAAUGUGAUGAUAACUGGCUUUUGCUCUGCGAAGAGCAUGAUCGAGCUCACGAUCCAAAUUAUUGAGAAAACAAAGGCAUUGAAGUGCCUUACAUUAGACACUACCCGUGGCCACGAUAGGAGGUUUGUCAAGAUUGACAGGUGCUUGCUACUGAAUAAGGAGGCACUUGUGGAGGCUGAAAAGGCCCGCAUCGCCAUUCAGAGAUAUGUCAAGGGGAGAGUGCCCUCGGCUGUGAACCUUGAGGUUAUUGAGCCGUGUAGCAAGUGCAUACUCUAA